AGCGGUGCGAUUUAAUUGGCGAAUCGGAAAGUCCAAACAACAUGUUGGUAUCUGGUGGGCCCAUCGUAGCGUUGGAGUGGGAAGAGAUGCAAGUAUAAGUGUUGCCUCUUUGUGCAUGCCUUGGAGAGCAGAGGCCGGUGAUUCCACGGCCACACACAGAGAGAUUGAUACAGAAGAUAGAGAAGACCUGAGCUUUCUUUGAUUCUUUGCUUCUUCUUCUUCUUCGUCUUCUAAUACUACCAGGUUGUGGAACAAUGGGUGCCGGUGGCAGAAUGUCUGUUCCUCCUUCACCUAAGCAGUUGGAAUCUGAUGUCUUGAAGCGAGUUCCUUACUCAAAGCCACCAUUCACUCUUGGUCAGAUUAAGAAAGCUAUACCCCCUCAUUGUUUUGAGCGUUCUGUUCUCCGCUCAUUUUCUUAUGUCAUUCAAGACCUGACCAUUGCCUCUAUCUUCUAUUACAUUGCCACCAAUUACUUCCACCUCCUCCCUCAGCCUCUCUCUUAUGUGGCCUGGCCAAUUUACUGGUCCCUCCAAGGCUGUGUCUUAACUGGUGUUUGGGUUAUAGCACACGAGUGUGGGCAUCAUGCCUUCAGUGACUAUCAAUGGCUUGAUGACACAGUAGGCCUCAUUCUGCACUCCUGCCUGCUAGUUCCUUACUUUUCAUGGAAACAUAGCCACCGCCGUCAUCACUCUAACACAGCUUCCCUUGAAAGAGAUGAAGUAUUUGUCCCAAAGAAGAAAUCCAACAUCCGUUGGUUCUCCAAAUACCUUAACAACCCACUAGGCCGUGUCCUUACACUUAUCAUCACUCUUACCCUUGGCUGGCCCCUAUACCUGGCAUUCAAUGUUUCAGGCAGGCCUUAUAAUCGUUUUGCCUGCCACUAUGACCCAUACGGCCCUAUCUACACUGAUCGUGAGCGGACUGAGAUAUGUAUAUCUGAUGCUGGUGUUCUUGCAGUCACUUAUGGUCUCUACAGUCUUGCUGCAGCAAAGGGGCUUGCUUGGGUUGUUUGUGUUUAUGGAGUGCCAUUGUUGGUUGUGAAUGCAUUUCUUGUGAUGAUCACAUACCUGCAGCAUACUCAUCCUUCAUUGCCACAUUAUGAUUCUUCUGAAUGGGAUUGGCUAAGAGGAGCUCUAGCAACUGUCGAUAGAGAUUAUGGAAUCUUGAACAAGGUCUUGCAUAAUAUAACGGACACUCAUGUAGCACACCAUUUGUUCUCAACAAUGCCGCAUUAUAAUGCAAUGGAGGCAACAAAAGCCAUAAAACCAAUUUUGGGAGAAUACUACCAAUUCGAUGGGACUCCUUUCUACAAGGCAAUGUGGAGGGAGGCAAAGGAGUGUGUUUACGUCGAGCCAGAUGAUCGCGAUCAGAGCAAAGGUGUGUACUGGUACAGAAACAAGUUUUGAUUACAGUGAAGUUAGCAAAAUGGUGGUCUCUUCAGUUCUGGUUACUUGUUAGGAUUUUGGGUUUCCUUUCGUGGUAGUUUAGACUGUUCAAUUGUCUUGAAUUGAACUUUAAUCUUAGUUGUGCUUCUUUUUUUCUUUUUUGAAUAAUUUCAAUUACAGUAGAAUCAGUUAAAAAAAAAAAAAAGCAAAAAAUUGACAUUGGAUUUCUGUUCUCUUUUCAUGAAAUCAAAGACCUGUUUCUUGAGCACAAUAAUCUUAUUCAUGCUAUGCUCUUGACUUGAA